AUGGCGGCUCCGUCCCCCGUCUAUCGUCCCCCUUACGACGGUUCCCCAUUUCACGACCUUGGUGUCACCGACGACAUGAUUCUCCAUGUGGCAGCCAUCUGUCGCUCUCAUAGAUUCACGCCCACCUUGAUCAGAGAUGCCGGUUUUGUUCCGUUCUUCGGUUUUCAAUAUGCCUACUGGCCCAUCCAGUACGAAGACGGUGUUAGGGUCUUUGUCAAAAUCCCGUUGAUGACCUUCUCAACAGCCGAAAAUAACCAACUGGUCUACACUAUCAUGGAAAAAGAACAUGAGAAUCUGCUGUUCUUGCAGAAUCGUGGUUUUCAAUGGUCCCCUCGCAUGCUUUACCACACCAUGGAGACGAACAAUCCUCUGGGCCACCCCUACAUGAUCGAAACUAUGCUUCCUGGAAAGCGGCUGGAGUGGAGCGACACGUCCCCCGUUGACAAGGUGAACCGAGAGAAAGUCCUGAAGCAAGUUGCCCAGGUCAUUUUUGACCUUGCUUUGCUGAAGCCUAAGCAAACCGAUCUUGGUAACACCCCUUGGAAGUGCCUGCAAGCCGCCAUGGACAAUAGGACGCGUGAGGCAAUUAGAGGUAUGGAUCGGGGUCUUGGGUUUACCAUCACUGGAUGUUUUGUCCUACAAAUUCUUGCCCGCAGACUCCUAGCGGGAAAGACCAACAUGGACUUUGUCCUGUCGCAUGAAGCCCUCCAGUCUCACAAUAUUUUCGUUGAUGACGACUUCAACGUGACUGGCUUCAUCGAGUGGGGGCUUGUCAGGCCUCUCCCGGUCCGUUUCGCCUUCCGGUUCCCUGCUUUCCUGCAUAUCAUGAACAAGCAGCAGCCGGCAAGCAUGCCUUCCGAUCAGCAUGCAUAUACCAGGGAGUUUCUCAAGGUCCCAGCACUCAUGAAGGCCGAGCGUGAGUGCUUCAUCGCCCACAUGCAAUAUGAAUAUGCAACACGGGCCAGUCCCUCUGCUAUCGGUCAUCUCUCACCUAAAGGAUGGGAAAUGAUGUGUUGGGACCUUGAGAACGUGGAUUGGAGCCAUAUGAUUCUGGAUGCAGUCCGGAGCUCCAGAAUGCAGCAGACCGUGGAAGAACAGCGGUUCCUCGUCGCUUGCCUCCCAGACUUCAAGGGCAAUGGCAUACACGAUGUGGUCAAGAAGGAAGAUAUCUGGGACGAGGCCUGGGCGUUUUUCUGCCGGAACUUCCAUUUUGUGCACCCGUGGGCGAAUGGAGAACGCACCUGUAAUCUGCUGCGGAUGGCAGUUCGGGCACGAUAUCCUUGGGAAUUCGUCGAGAUAAUGCUGGUGGAUGCAUUUGGUCCAACCCCGACUUUUGUCGACCACCGUCUUAACCUGCGCUAA